AUGAAGCUGAUACUACUUAUGACUACGCUCUGUGUAGUACUACUUGUCCCGAUCUCCGCUUUGCUUACACCAUCUGCUUCUAUGCAAAUCCAGGCCCAACCAUCUUAUGAAAAGGCAGCGAAUGAUCAACUUCAGCAUUCUCUGCGGCCACUGCCAAGGAAGCUCAGACUCUCUGAGGCUGUAAAAGAACAUGGAAGUCACGAUUUACAAUCUCACAAUAUUAAUAGACAAUUAGAAGGAUACGUUAUUACAGGUAAGUCGUACGCCGGUAAAGAGGAAGUUGAAGUGCAUGGGCAGGAAUGGGUGGAGGGGGCAGAGUCAGACACGUCACAAAUUUUGACUAUGGAUUAUUCCCCUGUAAGAAAACGACGUCCUAUACAUAACAAGUCGAUGCCGGUUGGUCCAUGA